AUGGCUACCCAUUCGAUCUCCAAAUACAGGCUGACCAAAUCAAUUCAUAAAGAAUAACUCAAAUUAUUGAAACAAUAAUUGAGUGAUCCAAAUCCUCAAGACUAUCAGACCAACAUUUCAUAACACAAUCUCACCAAUCUUACUCAAUAAUUGUAAAAUCCCAAUUCUCAAACCAAAAGUUUUAAUUCUAUUUUUGAUGAGAUUAAACAGCAACCACCCCUUACAUGUAACAAAUACAGUGCGUACUUCACCAAAACCUUUGAUUAGUCAUUAACUAAAAUCCUUAGAGAAUUAUCAUAUCCCAAUCAAUAAGAAAAAACAGAAAGAAUUUAAAGCAAGAGAAAACUCACUAAACCAAUAAACAACGCUAAUGAAGCAACGAUAAAAGAAGAUUCCAAAUUUUGA